UUUUAUCGGCGGAAUGUUACAACUGAUGGUGUGCAGCCGUUUUGUUAAAUGUUAAAUGAGAGACACUUCCAAAGCACUUCAACAUAACCAUCCAACACUAGUGUGAGCCCUUCUACUUUGGAGCAAGAUGUUUGGCUUCCACAAGCCGAAGAUGUACCGGAGUAUAGACGGCUGCUGCAUCUGCAGAGCCAAGUCCUCCAGCUCCCGCUUCACCGACAGCAAACGCUAUGAGAUGGACUUCAAGAGCUGUUUUGGAUUGUCUGAGCUGCGAUGUGGUGACAUCUGUAAUGCCUGUGUCCUCCUCGUCAAGAGGUCGAAAAAACUUCCAGCUGGUUCCAAGAAGAACUGGAAUCAUGUGGUUGACGCCAAAGCUGGAUCAAGUACAAAAGCCACACUGAGAACAAAGAAGAUGAAGAAGAAGGUGUGGCCGAGCCAGAUUAGCCGGGUGCAGAGUGAGCUGAAGAGAAACAACUCAGACGCCCACAGCACCACCUCUAGUGCUUCACCUGCACAAUCGCCAAGCUACAGCAACCAAUCAGACGAAGGCUCGGACACAGAGCUUUCACCCAACACCACUGACUCCCCUGCUUUCUCUUUCCUCGACCUGACUUAUUGGAAAAGGCAGAAGGUGUGCUGUGGCAUCGUGUACAAGGGACGCUACGGAGAGGUCAUCAUCGACCCCCACCUGUACAAGCCCUGCUGCCAGAGGAAACCCAAACUGCAGCAGCCAGAGGAGGAGGAGGAGGAGGAGGAGGAGGAGCAGCAGCAGGAGGAAGAGGAGGAGGAGCAGCAGCAGAAGGAGGAGAAGGAGGAGGAGCAGCAGCAGAAGAAGGAGGAGGAGGAGGAGCAGCAGAAGAAGGAGGAGGAGGAGCAACAGAAGGAGGCAGAGGUGGCAGCUGUAGUGGAACAAGAAACAGGAGAGUAUGAAGUGAGCACAUCAUCUGCCCCCACAACUAAACAAGAAGAGGAGAUGGAUGACAAAGAGGAGCAAGGGGGAGGAGCAUGGUGAUGGUAUAGUCUUCCCAUACAUCCGCCCAGUAUGAGACGCUAACUGAUCAUACUCAGUAACCAAACCUAAAACAAACAGUUCAAACCAAACCUCACUUUAACUUUCACUUUUUUCAAGCUGCUGCAGCCUUUCUGUCUACCUUGGAUAUCACAAGACUGGAUCCCUGUCUCCAGUGUCUUGGCUUUUGCUAUGAGAUUUUUUGUUUUGUCUAUAUUUAUUUAGUUGACUCAGAAAUGCUGGAUCACUGAGUACUGCAUGAAAACCUAGAGACCUCUGGAUGGUCACAUUCCAUGUAGGACUGGACCAUGAACAGAUGAGCAGUUUGGCUUGUCCUUUGCAAUUUACUUGUACAAAGUUUCUUCAUUACCUGCUCAAACCUGAGAUUAUCUGUUCUUUUGUUGAUAAUAUGUGUAUUCUUGGCUUCAUUAAGUUUUCUGAAGGUAUGUCAUAGUGUCUUACAGAUUUUUUUUUUUUUAAUUAUGAAGUCAAUGCCAAUAAUAAAUACAUGCCAGACCACUUUGAUUAUAGUACUACAAGCAGAGUUACAAGAUGGUUCAAGAACCUGAUUGGAUCUAAGAGCAGCUCAGUUCACUGUGUACAUCUCAGCAACUUGGCACACAUUCUUCCACUUGUACAGCAGUUUAUAACCUCAGAUGGUGUCCUAAUGCUAAUGUAUGUGUGUUAGAUGUAUAGAAGUUGUAUAAAACUGAAUGCGCUUCCUCAAGUCUAAGGGGCGCGCGCUCAUCCAGAACCGACAGUUUUCAUUUAUGAUCGCACAAAUUCACACAGUCCAAUCAGUUCAGCAAAGCAGAAUUUCUCACAAAAGCACCACAAAGAGUUUGAAACUGCUCUUAUAUGGAUGCUUAUGUGACUAGACAGAGCACUAUUUGUCUUUCUCUAAUUUUACAGGUGUAGCACUAAAAAGGCACAACCCUACACAUCACCUAGAGUGAUAUUUUUUUUUAUUUUUAAAACCGCUUAUUAUUAGUUCAGGUGUUUCAUUGCCAAAAAGUGAUAAUGAUGACGACUCCUCUGUGUGUCCAUUUUGCUCAUGUCCUGUUGAAACUGUAGAGGAAAGGUGACAAACCAUGCCUUUGGGUCACGGUUGUUGCAGAGAACAGAUCCAUGGCACACAUAGAAAGCACAAACGAAUGUUCAGAUACCUCAGCACAGGUCCAGAUGCACCCUCAACUGUACCAUUAUAAGCUAAAUAGAACCUCAGGAAGAUGGUGUAAUAAGUUAUAGUGUUGCCAUCAGCUUUUCUAGUCCUGAUGGAAGGGGCUCCGUAGCUAUUUAUAUGUAUAUGAGUGUCAUAAAUGAGCCCUGUUUCCACAGAGGAUUUUGUUAGUAGUUGUUUUACUUUCAGGCUUUUAGAGGUUUAUGGUAGGACUCUUAAAGCUAGGGUUAUUUUGCGUUAGUUUUCCACACCUUAUUUUGCAGGCUGCUGAUGAUGUUGUACAGCUUGAAUAAAUGUGUGUGUGUGUAUAUAAAUAAAUGAGUGUCUUUAAGCUACAGAUACAUUUCCUCCGUCUGAACCAUUUCAAAACACUUUGAUCAGUAAUCACAAAACCUGCUAAUGUCAGGUAGAUUUGGAGUUCACUGAUUUCAGGAAUGUUGCAAUUUCACACACUCUGAGGAAGUGUAUGAUCUGUUUUGAGAUUAUUUUCUAAAAGACAAACCCAUCCUAAAGAAGCUUUGUCCUUGCUGCUGAAUUGUGGUAUUUGUCUGUAAACACAGGUGUGGAUCUGACAGACUACUUUUUUCAACUUAACAUUUUUCCCUUUCAGCUGAAGUGUUCCUUCAUAUCUAGAGUAGUAUCUGAAACUAUUUAUUAAAUUAUCCUUUGAAGUAUUUACUUUCACUACACUGCUGUAUUCAUUGCUCUUUAUGGACAUAUUUUGGGAUGUUUGCGUGAUGCUGCCAUAUGGACUGAACGCAGUGGAAAUGAUUGUAUUAAACUGUACUUUUGUUGUAGGAAUAUAUUUAGUUACUGUAGUUUAGAGAUAUUCGUACUCAUGAUACGUAGAGAUGUUUUUGUCUUUAGUGACAUUAGCAUGUGAUGUAGAGCAGCAGUUACUCUAGAAAAGAUGCGUUUUAUUAUUCUGUCAAUGUACUGGUUCAUUUUGCAGAGACAGAUGCACUGUUUGUUCAUUUCUAAAAUCAAAGUUUGUAUUUUUAUACGCACAUGUAAUUUCUACCUGGUAAAUAAAUGUCAUUGGUCUUGUUUGGG